UUUACGUAUUUUCUUUUCAUAUUUUUUUAGUUGUUUACCUUUAAACACGAUAUUCAUAAUACAAUUUAGUAACAUAAAGUGGCUUAGUGUGUAGUACUUUGACGAUUAAUAAAUAUAAUUUUUGUAUUUUCAGUACAAACAAACUACUCGUGAUUCCAAAUAUAUUAUUUUUAAAUCAAUUUUACCCAUAUAAUAGUAUAAAUCAUGAAAGUCAAAAGAAACUUUAUUUGUGGUAUUUUACUAAUAAUUGCCACAAUUAUGACUUCUGUUUGUGCUGUAAGAGGUAAAAACAGAUUAAGUAACGCAAAAACUUACCUCAUGAGUAUCUUUACUAUGAGUCCAAACACUGUCAAGAAUUGGAAAUCAAGUUCAUUUGCAAGAAACUUCAACAAAGCCAUUGGAUUUGCACCUAUUGUUAAAGAAGAUAAAAUUGAAGGUCUAUUGACAUUAAUAGCAAAGGAGCCUGAUUUAAUUAAAAUUGGAGCAUUUAGAAAACUUAACAAGCUGGACAGUAGUGCUACAACUGUGGAUAGUAAAAAAAUAUUAAUUCUUGCAAAAAUUCAAGGCACCAUAGAAUUGAUAAAAUAUUAUGGUGUUGCCUACAAUUGUCCGAAGGUAAAAUUCACAUUUGCCCAAGGAUUAUACUAUGUAUACGUCUGUAAAAAAUUACAUGGAGAAAAUUCGGGCGAUUGUCUCAGAAAGAAAGUUCAGUUGAUUGCCGCAUUUAUGUUCAGCCAUAAGGUAGAAGUCAAUCGUUUUGUGAGAUUUUUUUUAAACAGAACAAAAAAACAAGCCGAAAAUCUCAUUCCAGGCGAUCGAACGAUAAAAUUUAUCGAUACGAAAAUAGCGUGCGAAAUAAAAUUUGCGCAAGACAAUAAGAAUGGUUUAUUAAGAGCAGCAAUGCAAUUGUAUAUGGGUACUUCCAGAAAAGAUAAGAAUUUUAAUUGUGUUACCGAAUUAAAGCAAUUUGAAGGUGAACUAGCGAACAUUGAUUCAUUUGCUGCAGAAUUUCAUUAUUUAGUAGCCAAAGCAUAUGGCAGCCAAAAUAAUUUUGCAUCAGCUAUGGAACAUCUCAUUAAAGUACGCGAGGAAGAUGUUGUAGACUCAAAGACUCGUGAAAUCAAUAGAAAAGCACAGCUGUAUUAUGAAAAAAUGUACACACGUUUUAAUGGAAGUACCAAAUAGCAAUAAAUAGACAGUUGUUAAAAAUUAUAGAUUAAUUCUAAUACUUAUUUCAGUUUUGUUUGCAUUAAAAAUACACAGGUUUAAAAUAUAUUUAUUUAUUACAUUUUAUGUUUUUUAAAUGAAGUCCUUAUUUAGAAAAAAUCAAAUGUAUUUACCUUAUUUUUAUUUCUAAAAAUUACCAACUAGAUACUACUAUAUUAUCUGAAAAAUAUUAAAAAUUAUUAUUGAAUUGUCUGUAAUAUUCAUAUUUUUCGAUAGUCACAACCAUUCGUUUACCUUAAGUACUUAUUAAUUAAAUUUUAUAAAUAAUGUACACGACUAUUAUAAUAUAAAAUGAUACAUGUUAUAGUUUGGAAAUGUUUGCAAUACAAUUAUUGUCUUUAAAAUAAAAGUUCUUUAUUUAAAAA